AUGAAGAUUAUGACCGAGAUGAUCGGCACUGUGGCUCCUGGUCGACGUGGGUCUUCGCCGUCUGCCAAUGACGCCGAUCACGCGCAACGGAGGGAGGCCGACAAGCAGGGCCAAAAUAGGACGGGCGGCGGUGACGAUGCGGGGAGCGUGGAGCGGAGCAAGGGAGCGGAAGGGAGCCGCGGUCCAGGUGCGUCGCAGUCGGCCAAUGUCGCCGAUCAGGCGCAACGGAGGGAGGCCGACAAGCAGGGCCAGAAGAGGACGGGCGGCGGAGACGGUUCGGUGAGCAUGAAGCGGAGCAAGGGAGCGGACGGGAGCCGCGGUCCAGGCGGCUCGAAGCCUGCUUCACAGAGCGUGGUCGACCAGCUGAAGACGAAGGCGGGGUGGAAGGUGAUAAGGUCGUCACGCAGCAAGGGAGAUGGGAGCGGGGGGACAGAGGGUGGCACUGCCGACGAGGUUGCCGCUAAAGUCGCGGCACCGGAAGGCCCGCCUUUGGUCCCCGAGCAGACCCAUCCUCAGGCGAGCGAUGGGAAAGGCGUGCGCGACAAGGAGAUACCAACCGCUCAGACGGCGAAAGAUGGCGGCGCCAGAACCGCCAAGGGACCGUCCGUCGCGGUGGCGGGGUCCACGGCGAUUCCCCGAUACCCCCCCUCGGCUACCACCGCGCCGGCCGGUCAGUCAGGCGCCAACAACGAUGGGCCGGCCAUUGCGGCCCCUCCAGCUCCAGCAGCCCCAUCUGCCGCCAAGGGCGACGCGAAGGCUCCUGCGCCUAAGCGCGAUGGUCCGUCAGCUGCUAAGGUGCCCGCCGGUGGUAACGCGCUCAGGGAGUUGCUCCACCGCAUGGAGACACAUCGCCGGGACGUCGCCGCCCGACCGCCUGCGGACCCAAAGUCCGCGUUUCUCCGCGCCCAGUUAGGCGCACGCAAAGCGGCAGCUCCACCAGUGACUCACCCGGAAACCGGUAAAAGCGCGACGCCGACGUCAGUAAACUCGACCGCACCCACACCCGGUGCAGCUGUGGUCGAUGUGGCGGCGGAGAAGGGUGUGCGUGCAGCGCUAGCCACCGGCGGCCGAGCUGACAGGCACGCCGACAUCGCUACCAUCCAGGCCCAUUUCGAGGCUGUAAAACGCCCCGAGCACGCCUCUGCUAUGGCCAUCAUGGACACGGCGCAUGUGGAGCCGUCGGCGACUCACGGAGGGGGCUCGGCGGAGCGGACGGUUGCAACGGAUGCUGUCGCCGAGAGAAAUGCGGGACGGAAGGGGAAGGACGACACUAGAAAGGGGAAGGCGGUCUCUCAGAGGAGCACGCGGGCGAUGUCGGCGGGGAAGGAGAUUUCGGAUGAGAAAGGGAAGAAGGCAGGCAAGGGUAAGUCGGCAAAGACGAAGGAGGAGGAGGAGGACGAGGCGGUCGGCGAGGGAAAGAAGGAGCAUGGACGCAGGGGUCAUGGCAUCCGUCACGACAAAUCGGGCGACGGGCUAGGUUGGGUGGGCGAGAUUAAGGUAAACGGCGAGAAUCGAUACAUCGGCAAGUCGAGAGACAAGAUGGAGCUGGCCUACGAGCACUCGAUUGUGUACGUCGUCUACGACGGCUAUGUGAGCAAGGUGCUCAUGGACGAGCUCACAGUCUUGAAGCCGGGGGAGUUGGAGGAAUGGAAGGGGGUGUGGGAGGAGGUCAAGUUCUUGCCGACUAGGAUGUGGACGGUGAUGUGGGCCAGAGGCUUGUGCCAUCCGAGAGCAAGGUUCGACGAUAUACUCGGCAGGUACCGUGGGUACACGGGUUCGGGUGAUGCGCUUCACGACGUGCUCUUGCCGGCGAUCUGGUUCCCCGUCGUCGAGAACACGAAGGAAGGCAAGGAGGAGACGGAAGCUUUCAUGUCGGCGAUGGUAAAUCGCGUGUCGAUGUGCGUGGCGUAUGGGAAGGUCGCGGCGAGCGCGGCGUUUGGGAAGGUCGAAGCGAGCGCGGAGGGGAAGGCGGAAGAGAGGACGGAGAUGGUAGGCGCGGACGGGGAGGCGGAUGAGAAGACGAAGUUGGCGGCCCAGGCGUUAGCGGCAUCCGCCUGCGCCCUCUGGUGCUUCGUGGAGACGGGGGCGUCGGUGCUCGGUGCUGUGGGCGAAGGGAAGGCGGCGGCGAUGGUUGCAGGUGCGGGGGAGAAGAGGGCCGAGGGCUUCAAGAAGGUGAUGCACACGGUGAUCGACCUAGCACGCAAUAGGGAGGCACCCGUAGGGGAGGUUGCACACAACGUCGCACCGGCGCUGCAGCGUCAGGCUGUGGACAGUGCCUUCACGGAAGGGGUUGUAGGAGUCGAGGCCGACAUAAUCGCUAGAGCGACGGUCGAGACCUUGGCGUUCUAG